GCACACCCAAAUGUUAAUGAGUUGACAUUUAAAAUGUAGUAUCUGUAUCAAAACUAGAAACGUAUUAAGGUUAACUGUAGUUGUUUAAUGUUCCGCUAGCGUUCAUGGAUCGUUUCCGACUAUUCACGGCUAGCUGGUUUUAUUUUUGAAACGCUGAACCGGAAGCUGUGAUUUCAUUUCAGCCAGCUUGGACUCGUUGGCUUCGGGAUAGGCCGUAAAAAUCACCCAACAAGGCGUUGUGGGGGAAAUACCGAGCCGAACCGAGACUAAAUAAAGCUUUCGUUCAGUUUUAGGUAGAGGUAGACUCUGGGAAAUGUGGGGAAGUCAACGGAAGUGGAAAAGGUUUCGUAUUUUCACGGUUUAAUUUGGUGGCUGACGUCGAUCGGAGCGUAAUGAGCAGAGUUGGAGAAAGAAGGAGCUGAGCAGCUUUUUUUUCCUCCCUUCCUCUGCUGAUCAGACAACUUGGAUCGGACUGAACUGCGCUAUGAUCCGGGGGCAAACUAUGGACAGGAAGCUCUGAAGUUCCAGCGGCCGGAGCCUGGGGCUCGGAGGCUUCAGGAGAUCCAUGCCCGACCUCCACAGCUGAGAACCGAGCAGGAUGACUCAGCACCAGGGGGCCCCCCCAAAAAACAAGUGAAGAGACGUAAGGAUGGGGGCCAAUGGAUCCAGUUAUCCACACUCCUGCUCCCCGCGCAUCGGGGGAAACACGCAGACGCAGCAGACCUUUAUAGGAACGUCUUCAUACUCCCAACAGGGUUAUGGCUGGGAGUCCAAGCUGUACAGCCUGGAGCACGGCCAUGAGCGACCGGCAGACAGGAAGAAGAAGAGCCUGGGUCUGGCGACGCUCAAACGGCGGUUCAUCAAAAGGAGGAAGUCCAGCCGCUCAGCGGACCAUGCCCGGCAGAUGCGGGAGCUCCUGUCGGGUUGGGACGUCCGCGACACCAACGCCCUGGUGGAGGAAUACGAGGGAACCGGCGCCCUCAAGGAGCUGAGCUUCCAGGCCAGUCUGGCCCGCGCCGAGGCCCCCAGCCUGCAGCGAGACCUGGCCGCACUCUAUCAGCACAAGUACUGCACUGACGUGGAUCUCAUCUUCCAGGGGACCUGCUUCCCGGCUCACCGCGCCAUCCUGGCCGCCCGCUGCCCCUUCUUCAAGACCCUACUGUCUUCUUCUCCCGGUUACGGCGCCGAGGUCCUCAUGGACGUCGACACGGCCGGCAUUGACGUGCCCAUGUUCUCCGCUCUGCUUCAUUACCUGUACACGGGAGAGUUCGGGGUGGGCGGAGCCGAGGACAGCCGGCUGCAGAACGUGGACGUGCUGGUUCAGCUCAGCGAGGAGUUCGGUACGCCCAACUCCCUGGAAGCGGACAUGAAGGGCUUGUUUGACUACAUGUGCUACUACGACGCUCUGCUCAGCUUCUCCUCUGACUCUGAGAUGAUCGACGGCUCUAACGAGAGAGGGGCGGUCGCCGCGGUGCCGACGGGCUCAGGAGGCGGCGGCGGCGGCGGGGCGACCCCAGAGGAGGACCUCAGGGCCCACAAGGCCAUCCUCUCUGCGCGCUCGCCGUUCUUCAGGAACCUUUUACAAAGGCGCAUUCGCACGGGGGAGGAAAUGACAGAGCGCACGCUGCAGACCCCCACCAGGAUAGUUUUGGACGAGUCCAUCAUCCCACGGAAAUACGUGCAGGUCAUCCUCAACUGCAUGUACACGGACAUGGUGGACCUGGGGCUGGUGCUGCGCGGCAGCCCGUCAUCGUGCAGUUUGGGGGAGGUGCAGGCCCUCGUUUCAGGGUGCAGGGGGGCAAGCACACGCACGGAGGAAGCCAUGGAGCUCUACCACAUCGCACUGUUCCUGGAGUUCAGCAUGCUGGCUCAAGGGUGCGAGGACAUCGUUGUGGAAAGUUUGUCCCUGGACUCUCUGGUCCCCAUCCUGAAGUGGAGCUCCCAGCCGUACGGCUCCAAGUGGGUUCACAGGCAGGCCAUGCACUUCCUGUGUGAGGAGUUCAGCCAGGUGGUGACCUCUGACGUCCUGUACGAGCUCGGCAAAGAUCACCUCCUCAGCGCCAUUCAGUCCGACUACCUGCAGGCAAGUGAACAGGACAUUUUGAAGUAUGUCGUAAAGUGGGGCGAGCAGCAGCUGAUUAAGAGGAUGGCAGACAGGGAGCCCAACCUGCUGAGCGGCACCGCCCACAGCGUCAACAAGAGGGGCGUGAAAAGGCGAGACCUGGACGUGGAGGAGCUGAGGGAGAUCCUUUCUCCACUCCUGCCCUUCAUUCGGACGGAGCACAUCCUGCCUCCCAACAGUGACGUCCUCGCUGACACCCUGAAGAGGGGUUUGAUCAGCACCCCUCCAUCAGACAUGCUGCCCACAGCCGAGGGGGGCAAGGCCAACGCCUGGCUGCGGCAGAAAAAUGCAGGGAUCUACGUCCGACCGCGCCUCUUCUCUCCUUAUGUGGAGGAAGCCAAGUCUGUGCUUGAUGAGAUGAUGGUGGAGCAGACGGACCUGGUGCGUCUGAGACUGGUGCGCAUGUCCAACGUCCCGGACACUCUGUACAUGGUGAACAACGCCGUGCCUCAGUGUUGUCACAUGAUCAACCACCAACAAAUGGCGGGCAGCUCCAGCACGGCUCCCUCCGUCGUGGCCAACGAAAUACCAGUGCCUCCUCUGUCUGUGGUGAAGGACAUGAUCCGCAGGCUGCAUGAGCUGAGGCACACGGAGCAGGUCCAGCGAGCCUACGCCCUGAACUGUGGCGAGGGAGCCACGGUCAGCUACGAGCUGCAGCUGAGGGUGCUGAGGGAGUUCGGCCUUGCAGAUGGAGCCACGGAGCUGCUGCAGAACCCAUCCAAGUUCUUCCCAGAUGAGCGUUUUGGAGACGAGAGUCCGAUUCUGGCCCUGCGUCAAGUGGGCCGAUGCCGUGUCAACAGCAGUCCGGCUAUGGACAGCAUGAUAACGGACCUGGAAGGAGUGGCAGGCUUCCACCCUCCGCUGCCUCCUCCGCCUCCUCCCUACCACCCUCCCGCCACGCCCAGCCACACCCAGCUCAAAGGAGGCUGGCGACCCCGGGUCCCCAUGCCGACCCCGACACGCUCCUUCUCCUACCCCUGCAACCGGACCCUGAUCCAGCGCCACGCUGCUUCCAAACACGGCGGUUCGGAGUACUCCUCGGCGCCCAGAUCCCAGCCUCCAGACUGCACCAACCCCCAGGCUAUGGGCCGACCUCUGCUGUCAGACCAGCAGGCGAUGGGGGUGGAGCCGAUGAUGAGGGAGUUCAUGCCGGACAUCGCGCUCGGCGUCUCGGUCAUGUCUCUGAGGGAGCAGCACAUGGAUGGCGAAGGCCUUCACAGCCCCAUGGGGCCUUCAGGCCAUCACCUGCCCUGCUCUGCUGCGCGCCUCAGCCACGGUUACGGCCCUGGACACGGCCACUCCUGCAAGAGGCACGCUCCAGAACCCAAGCUGGAGGCCCAAGCGGAGUUCCCCGACCUGUACGACUUCUCCUGCAGACCCGCGACCCCGACCUCCGCCCAUCCUCUGCCCGCUUUCGCAGGACCGGACCUCUACAGCCAUAGCUGCACGCAGUCCGGCUCCUACCCCCCUCCUUACGUUUCUGACUGCCAGAGCCACAGCCACCUGCAGGGACGGACCGCCCCGGACCCGCUGCGACUGGACGUCCUCAGCUUAAAAUCCCAGAGACAUGACGGCGUCCUCUCCAGUCCGUCCGGACCGCAGCCGAGGACGAGUCCGUUCCCGAAGGGGCGGCCGAACGAGACGGACCUGACCCACGGUUUGGGUCAUCUACGCUCCCCCAGCGGGAACAUGGACUGCUACGAGGAGGGACCCAAAGACGCUCCAGAGGAGAUGGUUCUGGGCGGAGACCCGUCAGGUCCGGUUCCGCUCCAGCAGUCUCACAGGAACAGUGUAGGCGAAGAACUCCUCAGAGACCGCAGAUCGCCCAGCAAACCAGACUAUCCCUAUAAGAAAUCUGCACUUUAACCCCAGUUCAGGAGGCGGGGUUGAGUUGGGAAAAGGGAAAAAUGCGAUGAGCACUAAGUGUGUGUGUGUGUGUGUGUGUGUGUGUGUGUGUGUGUGUGUGUGUGUGUGUGUGUGUGUGUGUGUGCGCGUGGGUGUGUGUGCGUGCGCGAGUGUGAGUACAAGAGUCAGAGAAAAGGGUUGUAGCCAGCGCUGGGCGAUUUGUUUUUCAGAUCCGAUUUCAAGGGAUUUUAUUUUACUUGCCUACAUUUCAAAAAACUAAAUAAAAAAUAUUUUCAAAAAGUGACUUUUAUUUCAAUAUUUCAGGCUAUUAUUAUUUUUAUGUAAUUGUGAAAAAAUAGUAACAAUAUUAGCAGAAAAAAAAAUCUUAAAAUGUCAAAAUGUUCCUUUAAUGAGAGACAAUCUGGACCAGCAUAGUUUGUGUGUUAUUAUGAAAUGGAAACAAUCGUUUCAAAGUCCCACGACUGAUAACAGUUUGAUGAAGUAGUUUCUCGUCCAAAUAUCUUAGUUCACUUAAAAUGAUAUAAAACCACGUUUUCUGCAUGAUAUAGGAGCUUGUUUUAAGUUGAUUAUUACUUAAAAUUGAUUUAAAAUACUAUUGAAGGACUGAAAGAUUAUUAAACUUAUGACAUUUUUUCCAUGAUACAAGUCAAAUAAUCUGCCAGUGGAAAUAGCACUUUUUCGUCAAUAUCAAGGGAUUAUUGACUUAAAACAAGCUGCGAAAAGUUACUUGUGAAUUAUUUGUAUUAUUUCAAGUGUACUAAGAUAUUUAUGCUAGAUACCAGACCAAAAUUACUUUGUAAGAAGUUGUAAUUUUGCAGUAUUUAAGUGUUAUGUAAGAAUGUAUUUCAAAACAGAUCUAGACAAAGUGAGCUAGUUUUCUCAUUAAAACAAUUUUGAGAUGUUUUUUCUGCUAAUAUUAACUGUAAUCUUAUAACACAAACAUUCUUGUAGCCUGAGCCUGAUGCUACGUCAUACAACUGAGUCCUGAUAAUUGAAAUAAAACACUUUUAUUUCAAAAUAAACAUUUUCUGUCAUCAGAAUUAAAAAAAAAAAAUCAGAAUCUGGUCCUAAUAUUUUGUUGUAGAUUUGAUCUAUAUUCAAAAUCUAAAUAAACAGAAGCUGUAAAACACGCUCGUGAAACAAGAUGGCGGCCUUGGGCGCGCCAACAUCUGAAAUAUGGAAACCCAAUGAGCGCAUUGGUAAUAAAAAUCAAAUCAUUUCCCUAAAACGAAUCCCCCAGCUGCUGGUGUUUCCUGUCCUACCUCCACAGCGCUGCGCUCUCAUCACACAGUCGAAGUUCAGACAUGAAGCCAUUAGAGGAUUUCCGCAAAUAUCCUCUCGAUUUCGGUCAGCAGGAGGUCAGCAGGAGACCCUCGGAUCAGCGGAAACAUUUAAUCUGAGUUUAUGAACCCGAGGAACAGGAACACACGCACUCAGAGGAAGUGAUGCAACAAAACGUAGAGUUAGAACAUAGAUCCGCUCUGCUGGGUUCUGCGUUUCUUCAUGUAGCAUUUCUGACGACACGUCCUCACCCGUUCAUCUCUGACAGGAAGUACACUGCAAAAACACAACAUCUCACCAAGUAACUUUUGGUCUAGUUUCUACUGCAAAUAUCUUAGUACACUUGCAAUAAGACACAAACCAACUUUCAAAUAAUUUUUUGGCAAGAUAUAUGAGCUUAUUUUAAGCUAAUAACAUCAAUUUUAAAAAGUACCUACUCCAUUGGAAGAUUAUUUAACUAACAAGACAUUUUUUCAAUGUUUCAAGUGAAACAAGUGGUAAUUUUGAUAAGGUUAUACUACCACUCCUUUUUAAACAUUACAAAAAUAAUGACAUUCUGUUUUUUUGUACUUAUUCAUAAAAUAAUAAAAAUCUGCCACUGAAAUUAGUUCUUUAGAUUCAAUUUAAAAAUAAUUAAUUUAAAUAUUGUAACUCAUUAAUUCAAAUUAAAGGUAUUGACCUACUUCAAUGUGAAUCCCACAACAAUAACUCAAUAUCUUGGUAAAACAUUACUUCUAAGUUAGUUUUGUUUUUUUCAAUUGUAUUAAGAUGCACUAGAUAAAAAAUACUUUAAUAUUUUGUGUUUUUUGAGUGUAGCUCAUUACUAAUGAGUGACAAAAGUGAAGAAAGCAACAUCUGUGUGCUGUUAUGAUCGUUAUGCAGCAAACAAAACUGUAGGAACCUUCUGCCAAUCAGAGAGGCUGAUUGGAAGCUUUUAGCCAAUCAGAAGCAAGUCAGGUGUUUUCAAAUCUGUGCUACAGAUCAUGUAGUUAAGCAUCAAGUAACCACAUUUAAAGCCUUAACAAGCGCUUCAAAUUACAUUUAUUCACAUAAAAACAUUUUCAGUCUUUCACUUUGACUUUCUCUAGGUUUGAUUUAUUCAUUUAUGCAUUUUCCUCUCACAUUUCAAAAAAAAUUUAAACAUUUUUAAAAAGUCCACAUGUACAUAUCAGGACUUUUGCAAACCUCACUAGCGCUGGAUGCACAUGCAAUGUUGAUAGUUGGAGACCGGCUGCAGCUGUAGCUCCGAACUUCUUGUUUCUUACAGAAAGACGGCAAAUAAAAAAUAAAAUAAAAUUUUAAAAAAAUAAAAAUACCUGCAUCUCAGACUGAAAUGUAACCGACGGUAACACAAAGUCGGCCCUUGCUGGCUCAGGUCUCCAACGAGGAAUUAUGUAUAUAUUGAUUUAAGUCCAAAACAUUCAGACUGCUUGUGUUUUUUUUUUAACAGUUUGUCACAUUUUGGUGGUUGUUGAAGGUCUGUGUGUUUUUACUGUAGUGAACAACACUGUGUGCUCGUCUUUGUCAUGAAGCUCUCACUGAGAAUGUGUGCUAUAAAACAAAAAGAUUGUGUUUAAGGACGUUUUCCAUAAAUGUUAUGCAUUAAGGACAUUUUUUUUUUUUAGCUGUAGAUGAUGUGAGGAUGUUUCCUCUCUGCUUUGCUUCGAUAGAGCUGCCAAGCAGAAAAGUCUUUUCUUUUUCUUUUUUUUUCCAGCAAGUUGCUUCAUGGGGAAAAAAUGCAAAACUCCAGAUUCUUCCCCGUCUUCAUGUUUGGUAGCUUUUAAUAAUUAUUUUUCCAGGCCAGUGUUCCACUGAGUCCCGGGCGUUUUGCUCUGUGCUGUAGAGGAGUCAGUGCCUUUUAUUGGAGGAGUGACUUUGAUGUCUAUGCAAGCUCUUUUCUACCAGCUAACCAGCCUGCAUCAGAAAGUAAUUUGAAAGCCCAUGUAGCUCGUUUUGUGUACAGUGUUAUUUAGCAGCUUUUUAAAAAGAAAAAGAAAAAAAAUCAACCAUCGGAUGGAUAUGUGUUGAAUUGUAACAGGUACAUUGUACUUGUAUGCUAUCGCUAGAUACCUUGUUUGUAGAUUAAUAAGUUGCAUUUAGUUUCACUGAAUCUAUUUUUCUACUGUUGCCUCAGAAGGUGCAUCACAGUGGUCAACUUCUCAAAAUAAACACUUUAAUAUGA